ACCUCAUAAGUUUCCCAGCCGCCACCAUCUCCUGCUGAGAUGACCGUCGACAAGUUGUCUAAAUACCUCGUUCCCGGGACAGAUGAGGCGUACUAUAUUCCCGAGUUCGUAACAACCAAUGAGGAAGAUUACCUCAUACGUAAAAUCCGGGAGUCGCCACGACAAAGGUGGAAAACCUUACCCAACAGGCGGCUUCAGAUAUGGGGCGGUGAGCUCACUGUCAAGGGCCUUCUCAUACCACAGUCGUUACCGCCCUUCAUGAACAUAUACCCCGAUGUUAUAGGCCGCAUCCGCACAAUGGGCGCGUUCCAGUCAUCGGCACACGGACAGCCUAACCACAUUAUUCUAAACGAGUAUUAUCCAGGUCAAGGGAUCAUGCCACAUGAAGACGGCCCUGCGUAUCACCCUGUUGUCGCCACCCUGUCGCUCGGAUCGCAUGCUGUCUUCCAUUAUUAUCGUUACAGGGAACAGAGUGGCCUAGAAAGUCCCAUAACAGGGAAAGGACGAUCGAUCGAUAAAGUGCCCGCCCUUUCCUUGCUGCUUGAGCCGCGUAGUCUCGUCAUCACCAAGUCUUCACUCUACACGUCACAUUUGCAUGGUAUUGACCACGUAGAGGAUGACGUCUUCGUCUCGACGGCCGCCGCUGAGGACCCUCCUUCGAGAAUCAAUAUUGCAAAUAUCGAUAUUCUCUCGAACAUCAAGUAUAAAGAGGCGGUGCUGAAUAAUGGGAGAUUAAGAAGAGGAUUGCGGUAUAGUCUGACCUGUCGUGAUGUCGAGCGCGUAGCCGCACGCCUACCGUUUGCAAACGUUGACCGCCACUAGUCGCACAUGAGGCAUGCUGUGAUACUUGUAGAUACCCUAAGGGCGAAAAAGGGUUCGGCGGGCAUGACAGAUGGUAUAGAGCCUGUUCGUUCUUCUUGGAAAUAGUUGAUAGACUCGUGGAGGUACUGCGUGAAUAAUGACUACAGGUUUACGAUGGUGAAGUAUGCACGCUGCAGUAUCC